ACUUUGAGCCCAGACGGUGGAACGAGGUUCCAAGGGGAGGCGGCCGAGACCCGGCGAGCCAACUCGGGUGCUCUCCGGGCACCUGGGGGCGGCGGGGAAUGGGGGUGCAGCCGCGGGAGCAUGCCCCCUGCUGGGCAGAGCCGCCGCCCGUCCCGCUCCCCACCCUCGGAGCCCCUCGGCCCGGAAAGCGGCCCCCCCUGCCGGCCUCAGCGCCUCACUGCACCCCGGGCCCAGCAGCCGCAGCAUGGGCCCCGGCCCGACGCUGAGUGCCGACCAGGGGCGCGCCGGGUGCACGGGGUGCACGGGCCCCAGGCUACCGCUGGGGGGCGCCGCUGCUUGCCGCUCCGCCGGGGCCUGGGAAACCCAACCCAGCACCGCCCGGCCGGGCAGGGGGCGAGGGGCGGCGAGGACCGGACGCCUCAAGGCCAGGACGGGUUGGCGCCGGGCCCUCAGAGCCCCACGACCUUCUUCCGAAUCUGCCCCCGCAGGCUCCGCCGCUCCCGCGCCUCGCGCCCCAGCCCCGCGGCCCCGCGGCGCCGCGCGGCACGGCCACUCCCGCUCCGUCCUUGGAGGGUGUGGAAGGGUGGGUUUGGGGCCGGGGGCGGGUCUGGGGGCGGACCCGGAGGCGGGGCUGUCUCUGCGGCAGGGCCCAGCUCCGCUCCCCCCGGUCUGUCUCUGUCUCCCUCCUCCCUCCUCCUGCUCCGGGCGGAGCCCGGCAUGGGGGGGCCGGCGCCCGGCAGGCCAGCGUCCCCACCCUGCCCUUAUGAGAUCCCCCCACUACAAGCCCAAGAUGAAGGGGAGAGUCUGACCAUCUCCCCUUUCCCCAGUGGGGUGCAAUUGGAUCCGGGACCCAGGGAGGGCCGCCCCCCGGGCCUGGUGGCACUGAGCAGGGCCCCCCAGCCCCCACCUCCUGCCCCACGAGAUGAACCUCCUCUACCGAAAAACCAAGCUGGAGUGGAGGCAGCACAAGGAAGAGGAGGCCAAGAGGAGCUCCAGUAAGGAGGUGGCCCCCGCAGGCCCGGCUGGGCCCGGGGCUGGACAGGGGCCUGGGGUCCGAGUGCGGGACAUCGCCUCGCUGCGGCGCUCCCUCAGGAUGGGGUUCAUGACGAUGCCUGCCUCCCAGGAGCACACCCCGCACCCCUGCCGCAGCGCCAUGGCCCCACGCUCCCUCUCCUGCCACUCAGUGGGCAGCAUGGACAGUGUCGGGGGUGGCCCCGGCGGGGGCGGUGGGGGCCUCACAGAGGACAGCAGCACCCGAAGACCCCCUGCCAAGCCCCGGAGACACCCCAGCACCAAACUCAGCAUGGCGGGGCCGGGGUCUGGGGCAGAGACGCCCCCCAGCAAGAAAGCAGGCUCACAGAAGCCAACCCCGGAGGGCCGAGAGUCCAGCCGGAAGAUUCCUCCGCAGAAGCCCAGGCGAAGCCCCAACACCCAGCUCUCUGUCUCCUUUGAUGAGUCCUGCCCCCAAGGCCCCUCUCCUCGAGGGGGGAACCUGCCUCUUCAGCGCCUCACUAGGGGGUCCCGAGUAGCUGGGGACCCUGAUGUGGGUGCCCAGGAAGAGCCUGUGUACAUUGAGAUGGUGGGGGACGUCUUUAGGGGAGGAGGACGAAGUGGAGGAGGCCUUGCUGGGCCCCCUCUUGGGGGUGGGGGCCCAGCCCCUCCAGCGGGCGCCGACUCAGACUCUGAAGAAAGUGAGGCCAUCUAUGAGGAGAUGAAGUACCCGUUGCCGGAAGAGGCUGGGGAAGGCCGGACCAACGGCCCUCCUCCAUUGACGGCAACAUCCCCGCCACACCAGCCUCACGCCCUUCCAACCCAUGCCCACCGCCGCCCAGCUUCAGCCCUCCCGAGCCGGAGGGACGGGACGCCCACCAAGACCACUCCUUGUGAAAUCCCUCCCCCCUUCCCCAACCUCCUUCAGCACCGGCCUCCACUCCUGGCCUUCCCCCAACCCAAGUCUGCUUCCCGAACCCCUGGCGAUGGGGUCUCGAGGCUACCUGUCCUCUGCCACUCCAAGGAGCCAGUCGGCUCCACCCCAGCUCCCCAAGUGCCUGCACGGGAGCGGGAGACGCCUCCCCCACCGCCUCCACCUCCUGCUGCCAACCUGCUGCUGCUGGGACCAUCGGGCCGGGCCCGGAGCCACUCAACACCAUUGCCACCCCAGGGCUCUGGCCAGCCCCGGGGGGAGCGGGAACUCCCCAACUCCCACAGCAUGAUCUGCCCUAAGGCGGCGGGGGUGCCGGUAGCACCCCCUGCCCCGGCCGCCUUGCUCCCCGCCCCCCCCAAGGACAAGGCUGUGUCUUACACCAUGGUGUACUCGGCGGUCAAGGUGACCACACACUCCGUCCUGCCCGCCGGUCCACCCCUGGGUGCUGGGGAGCCGAAGACGGAGAAGGAGAUCUCAGUCCUCCAUGGGAUGCUGUGUACCAGCUCGAGGCCCCCCAUGCCAGGGAAAUCCAGCCCCCACGGUGGGCCCAUGGGCGCGACAGCUGGGGUUCUCCACCACCGAGGCUGCCUAGCCUCCCCCCACAGCCUUCCAGACCCAACUGCAGGCUCCCUGACCCCACUGUGGACCUACCCAGCUACAGCAGCUGGGCUCAAGAGACCCCCUGCCUAUGAGAGCCUCAAGGCUGGGGGGGUGCUGAAUAAGGGCUGUGGCAUGGGGGCCCCAUCCCCCAUGGUCAAGAUCCAGCUGCAGGAGCAAGGGACUGAUGGGGGUGCUUUUGCCAGCAUCUCCUGUGCCCAUGUCAUCGCCAGUGCAGGGACACCAGAGGAGGAAGAGGAGGAGAUGGGCGCUGCCACAUUUGGAGCAGGCUGGGCCCUGCAGAGGAAGGUCCUCUAUGGAGGGAGAAGAGCAAAGGAGUUGGACACAGAGAUCGAGGACGGUGCCCGUGCCUGGAAUGGCAGUGCCGAGGGUCCAGGCAAGGUAGAGCGUGAGGACAGGGGCCCUGUGACAUCGGGGAUCCCAGUGAGGAGCCAGGGGGCAGAGGCCCUGCUGGCCAGGAUCCACCAUGGAGGAGACCGAGGAGGGAGCCGCACCUCGCUGCCCAUUCCCUGCCAGACCUUCCCUGCCUGCCACCGAAAUGGAGACUUCACGGGAGGCUACCGCCUGGGGCGCUCAGCCUCCACCUCCGGAGUCCGGCAGGUCUCGCUCCACACCCCCCGGCCUUGCAGCCAGCCCAGGGAUGCCCCGAGCCAGCCCCACCCCGCGCUGCCGCUGCCGCUGCCGCUGCCGCUGCCACCCCAGCCGGCCCGCGAGCGCGACGGGAAGCUGCUGGAGGUGAUCGAGCGCAAGCGCUGCGUGUGCAAGGAGAUCAAGGCACGCCACCGCCCUGACAGAGGCCUCUGCAAGCAGGAGAGCAUGCCCAUCCUCCCUAGCUGGCGUCGGGGGCCCGAGCCCCGCAAAUCCGGCACCCCGCCCUGCCGCCGGCAGCACACGGUCCUCUGGGAUACCGCCAUCUGAGGCGGGCGGGGGGACGGGGCGCCUGGACUGGGGAGGGAGCAGGCACGCCUGGCUCUCUGGGGAGCCUCGCCUUGAGAGACAUUGAAGGACCACGUGGGAGAGUGCCAGGGAGAACCCCUGCCCUCCACCCUGCCCCCGGGAUGGGGAGAGUCUGCCAGGCCUAUCCGGCUUGGGGUGCCAACAGCGCUGCUGAGAAACUUGGAGGAGGAGGAGGGUUUGCUUGAGGUUGGGGCGAGGGCUCUGGCUGUUCUCCCUGCUGUGCAGUGGACACCCCUCCUCCUGAAUCAAGCCAGAGGUCAGCAUGGGGAAGGGAGGAAGGAAGGGAUGGGAGGAAGAGGUGGGUGGGUGAGCAGAAAGAGAGGGACUAGAGUGCCAGAGGGAGGAGCUCUUUUCUAGAGAGCCGGGAGUCGGGGAGGGGGUAUUUAUUUUGUUAUUUAUUUCAGUCUGGAGGGCGAUUCUGAGCCCUUCUGACCUCCUGAGCCGGAGUGGAGAAUCAGGGCCAAGUUUGCACUCUCCCCAAUGCCAAUGCCUAAAGGCCCUGCCAUCCACACCACCCAACAGCCAAGGAGCAAGGAGGGGUCCGCAUGGGGAGUGGACCUAGAGAAGAAGGGGCCCAGGGAAGCAGACGGCUCAAGUCCAUUCACAGUAUUCACAAUUUGCCAGAAUUUGGUAGUCAGUGUGGCCUGCUCUGAAUCAGGCAUCUUAUUUAGUUCUGGGGUGAGGGUCUAGCGCCAGGGAUGGGUGGGAUGAUGGGGAGGAAGAGGGAAAUUUUUGUGGGUGGGGGUGGGGUGGGCAGGGUAUUUAUUUAAAUUUUAAAAAAAACACAGAAGAGAUGUCAGGAACUUUUUUUUAAUUCCUUUCUUUUCAGAAUAAUAUAUUAAAAGACUCAUGAUCCUAAA